AACAAUACAUAAAGAAAAAAAGAUUUGCAUCACUUGUCAUAUUUCUCCGAAUAUAAUUAUAAAUCUGUUAGUUUUUCGCUAUAAUUAUGGUUCAAAAAGAAAUAAUAACUUCUCUUAGUGAUUGCCCAGAGCCAACCACACCUGAGCUGGUGCCAGUGAUAAGAAGGCGUGAUAGUGUGACAGAGAUCUUUGCUGAAUGUGGUAAAAGAUUGGGCUAUCAGGCCCGCCAGGUGGUCCAAUUGACUAGGAAAAGAAGCCAGUUACUCCUCUGCAGGCCUUCAUCGAUCUUGGAAAAGAACAAACUCAAAACAAAACCCAAAUGUGGACAAGGUUUCUGGAAGAGAUUCAGCCUUGAUAAGUGGGCUACUGUUAUCCUUGUGCUAAUGAUCCUACUGAUACUCAUUGUAGGACUUUUGCUGGUCCGUAGCUAUAAUCGUGCUCAUGCCUAUGGUACUGGCGGUUGCUUGUGGCCUACGUUUUGGGGUCAAUGCCAGAUAAUGACCUGAAACCGAAAGGAAUCCUAUAUUCUAUUCUAUAUACAAAAGAAUUUCCCCCUGAAAACUUUUGUUCAAUUGAUUGUGGACAAU